AUGCCUGGGUUACCGGCUAGCAUUGACCUGGACGAGUGCAUCGAGAGGCUCUAUAGAAAAGAGCUGCUGGCGGACUCGGUGAUUGAGGCAAUAUGUGCCAAGGCGAAAGAGUUGUUAAUGAAGGAGAGCAAUGUGGUCCACAUUGCGGCUCCGGUCACGGUGGUGGGAGAUAUUCAUGGGCAGUUCUUCGACAUGAUCGAAAUCUUUAAGAUCGGCGGAUUCUGUCCCAACACAAAUUAUCUGUUCCUCGGUGACUACGUCGACCGUGGUCUAUUCAGUGUCGAAACGAUUUCUCUCCUUGUCUGCUUAAAGCUGCGCUACCCGCAUCGUGUUCAUCUAAUUCGUGGAAACCACGAGUCCCGUGGCGUUACGCAAUCAUACGGGUUCUAUACUGAAUGUGCCCGCAAAUACGGCAAUGCUAACGUCUGGCAUUAUUUCACCGAUAUGUUUGACUUUCUUACAUUGAGUGUGGUCAUCAACGAUCAGAUUUUCUGUGUGCACGGUGGCCUCUCCCCUUCCAUCCAUUCUAUAGAUCAGAUUAAGAUCAUCGAUCGGUUUCGCGAGAUCCCCCACGAGGGGCCCAUGGCAGAUUUGGUUUGGUCCGAUCCCGACACCGAACGCGACGAGUUCUCCCUCUCCCCGCGUGGAGCCGGAUAUACGUUCGGCGCGCAGGUAGUUCGAAAGUUCCUGGAGGUUAAUAGCAUGUCCCACAUUCUGCGGGCCCACCAGCUAUGUCAGGAAGGAUACCAGGUUCUCUACGAUGAUCGUCUGAGCACCGUAUGGAGCGCCCCGAAUUACUGCUACCGGUGCGGAAACCUUGCCAGCGUGCUAGAGGUCAGUGAUACGGGUGAGAGGUAUUUCAAUAUUUUCGACGCCGCUCCGGAGAACGACAGCCAUCGCGAGCAACAACAAGCGCAGCAGAGCAAGGACGGUCAGAAUCCUGUGAUUGAUUACUUUUUGUGA